UUUAUUUCAUUCGGCAAAACGUAAACGCGGUCGCUUUCCGAAUAAAAACCCAGGAAGGAACACACUGCAGGAUUCUUGGUCACGUUUGUUUAUGCAUAACACUCGUCUAAACGCGUACUUUAGUCAAUGCUUGCUACACUUUGAUAAUAUUUUGCGGCUAUGUUAACACACUUGCAAUUCGUUAAGCGAUUGCGUUUAACAUAGAAUACACAACAUUUGUACGGCACCACCAUAUAUACAUUUCGCUUGAAAAUUAUGUCUGCAGACAAUAUGUAGCCUGUGUCACCUAAUUUUGGGCGCAGACAAAAAAAAAUGAAUUGAUGACUUUGCUACUCGUUGAAGAUCGGCAAGCGAACUUCUUCUUGAAGGCACUUUCUCGCCACGGAGUUGUUUUCUUUCGUCCAUACGCCAUGACGAAGCCGGUUGUAACGUGGUGCUGUAGCCGAACGUAGCCGAAUCAAUCCGAGGUCACUGCGGUUGGUACAGCACGGUUGGGCAACAAUAAGCUACGAUGCUGGCGUACGUGAAGUACCACGAUAAAUAUCGGGCUAUUUUGCCCACCCGACUCAUCAAAGUUUUUUCCCCGAAAUCUGAAGAAGAUUUCGACAAAGCGAAAACCGUCCAGGCGUUCUGGCGGAGCGAGGACGGUGACAUUCAAGGAUAUUACCCAGCCUUUGUUGUCGCUCUGGCAGGUGGUCUGGACUCCCUGCGACUCAAAAUAAAAAGCAUGCGGGAGCCAUUUCCAAGGCUAAUUGAAGCGGAUGAAGAGGAGACAUCAUCGAGGAAGAAAGAAGAGCAGCCCACAAGCAGGACAACAAAAAGGAAGAGGCUGGAAGCCGCCAGCAUUUUGCACGAGCGCAUAAUUGCUCAAUCGGACAAUGGAGCAGAAUCACAGGAGAACGAGGAACCACAGGUUGAAGAUGGAAUUAUUGUGCAACUUAGAAAAGCACUAGAGAAGAAGGACCAAGAAAAUAAAAGACUUAAAAAAGAACUUCGGGAGGCAGCAUCGUUAAAUCAACGGCUGACAAGUGCUCUGCUGGACAAAAUUGAGGUAGCCCGAGCCACAGCAGAAAGGCUGGAUGGUGAAGUCAUCGCAGAGUAUUUGAUGCCCUGCUCUUUAGAUGCAGGCACUGGGCUACCCAAGGAAAUGGUGCCAGAGAGGGCAAAUGAUGCAGGCAUUGAUGCCUUUGACGUGCCCAACAUUGAUGCCUUUGACAUGCCCUGUAGUGAGCAGGAUCUUGCUGCAUCUUCUGGCAUUGAUGCCCCUGUGGAAGGUGGCCCCAUCGCGGGACAUUGUUCUGCAUCCAGUGAGAAACAACAGCCUGCACUUGCAGCACCCCCAGCCUUCACAAGCUCAAGCCAGGCACAGGAAACACCCCCACACUUCACAAGCGCAAGCCAGGCACCAACAGGCUUGUUUGAAGAAGUCAAUGGCCAGGUAAAAGUUGGUGAAAAGACCUUCAUGCCAUUAGACAAAUGGCUGUUUGUGAUGAAAAACGUAUCCGAUGCCAAGUGCGGUUUGGAGCUGGCCAAACACUUUUGGCUACCUUCCGAGGCUGCCACACGCAGCCUUACAGGCCAGGCGUGCCGCAGCAUGGCCACGAACUCAAUAAAGCUGCUGGCCACACCAGAGAAGGUGGAGAUGGUAAAGAACUGCCUGGCAAAAUAUAUUGACCUCCACCCCGCACCACAGCCACCUAGGGAGCAUCGCGUCAAUGCUGUCAGGAAAUCCUUGCCACCGCCCACCAUCUACCCUCCACACCCACCAUUCACCCAUCAUGCCCGCUGCCCACCAUUCACCCAUCAUGCCCGCUGCCCACCAUCCACCCAGCAUGCCCGCUGCCCACCAUCCACCCAGCAUGCCCGCUGCCCACCAUCCACCCAUCAUGCCCACUGCCCACCAUCCACCCAGCAUGCUGCCCACUACAUUAAUCCACUAUUAUGA